UGAACUGAUUUUGACGUCUAGCAUUGGGACGGAGCCUCACACUCACUGCCUCUUUAGAUACUUCCGCAGAGAUAGUUUCUGCUCAAGAUUUUUCAUUUCUACACGGAAUUGAGUUAAGUGUGGGUGUUCAUGCCUGCUUUGAUAAUGGGAAUCUCCAAGAAGUUGUUACCGAUAUUCUGGUUUCUGCUUAGCCUUCAAGUGAUAGCAUCUCACAAGGAGCACCCUCUUGCCAGGAUUGCAAUUCAUAAGACGGUUCUUGCUUUUGACAAAGAUGCAUACAUUAAAGCCACCCCUUCGGUUCUUGGAGGCAACGGCCAAAACCAAGAAUGGGUUACUCUAGAAUACAGUGUGUCAAACCCUUCAAUUGAUGAUUGGAUUGGAGUAUUUUCACCAGCCAACUUCAGUCAAUCAACUUGUGUUCGUGAAAAUCCAAGAAUGUUUCCGCCACUAUUGUGUACAGCACCCAUAAAGUAUCAAUUUGCAAAUUAUGCGAGCCCUGGUUACAAAGACACGGGGAAAGGAUCAUUGAAGCUCCAAUUGAUCAAUCAGAGAUUUGACUUCUCUUUUGUGUUGUUCACUGGUGGACUCUCGACACCAAAGCUGGUGGCAGUCUCGAAUACAGUUGCCUUUGCAAAUCCAAACGCACCUUUAUACCCACGGUUAGCCCAGGGAAAGACAUGGAAUGAAAUGACGGUGACAUGGACAAGUGGAUAUGAUAUCAGCGAAGCCGAGCCUUUUGUGGAGUGGGGCCCUCGAGGAGGACAACAGAUGCGUUCUCCUGCAGGGACGCUGACUUUCGACAUCAGCAGCAUGUGUGGUGCACCGGCUAGAACUGUGGGAUGGCGAGAUCCCGGGUUUGUUCACACUAGUUUUUUGAAGGAGCUAUGGCCCAACUCAGUGUAUACCUACAAGGUGGGGCAUAGAUUGUUCAAUGGUACUUAUGUUUGGGGUCGAUUAAACCAGUUUAAGUCUUCUCCUUACCCUGGGCAAAACUCUCUACAACGUGUAGUCAUUUUUGGUGACAUGGGAAAGGAUGAAGCUGAUGGCUCCAAUGAAUAUAAUAAUUUCCAACCCGGCUCCCUUAACACUACCAAGCAACUCAUUCAGGAUUUAAAGGAUAUUGAUAUCGUCUUCCACAUCGGAGAUAUCUGUUAUGCUAAUGGAUAUAUUUCACAGUGGGAUCAGUUUACAGCUCAGAUUGAGCCAAUUGCUUCGACUGUUCCUUACAUGGUUGCUAGUGGCAACCAUGAGCGCGACUGGCCUGGAACAGGAUCAUUCUACGGGAACAUGGAUUCGGGAGGAGAAUGUGGAGUCUUGGUUCAAACUAUGUUUUAUGCUCCCACCGAGAACCGAGAAAAGUUUUGGUACUCAACUGACUAUGGCAUGUUCCGGUUCUGCAUAGCUGACACAGAACACGACUGGAGAGAGGGAACGGAGCAAUAUAAGUUCAUCGAACACUGUCUGGCGUCAGCAGACAGACAAAAACAACCGUGGCUUAUCUUCCUUGCACACCGAGUCCUCGGUUAUUCUUCGUGCUCAUACUAUGUUGAGCAAGGAUCAACUGAGGAACCCAUGGGGAGGGAGAGCCUUCAAAAGCUCUGGCAAAAGUAUAAAGUUGAUAUCGCUAUCUUCGGGCAUGUGCACAAUUAUGAGCGAACAUGCCCUGUUUACCAGAAUAUUUGCACAAACAAGGAGAAGAACUUCUACAAGGGACCUUUGAACGGGACAAUACAUGUCGUCGCUGGUGGAGCAGGAGCAAGCAUCUUGGACUCGGACUUUGCCCCCAUCCAACCGUCGUGGAGUCUUUUCAGGGACUUUGAUCAUGGGUUCGUGAAACUGACAGCUUUCGACCAUUCAAAUCUGCUGUUCGAGUACAAAAAGAGCAGAGAUGGUAAGGUUUACGAUUCCUUCAGGAUAUCGAGAGACUACAGAGACAUCCUAGCUUGUGCUGUAGAUAGCUGCCCUAGCACAACACUUGCUUCUUGAUGCUAUGAUACAGGACUCCACUUCUUAGUCCAAUCCACUUCAAAUCUAUGUUAUAACUGGAGCAUUUUGUGAUGAUGAAAUAGAGUUUUCCCAAAA